AUGUCAGCUCCAACCCCUGAACCUCGGCCCUCCAGUGACGCGCCCGACGUGGGAGAGCAGCGUUUCCCCGAGACUCGCACCGUCGAGGGCUUUCAGCCCAAUGUUAUGAAGCAUCUCCGCUCCAUUUAUGCCGCACACGCAGAGUCCGAAUGCACGUGGACAGCUUCCCAGACAAUCGAUUUUAUCCGCAAUUUGCAGAAGCACGAGCAAGUGUUUGGUGACGACGGCGACGCGGCUCCCCUGGAUCUCGCUGGCUUCCUUGACUACAUGGCCUCGUCCAACGCCGCGGCCAUUCUUCCACGCAACGACCAAGACCUGUCCUGGCCCAUAUCGGCAUACUUCAUCUCGUCUAGCCACAACACGUACCUCACUGGCAAUCAGCUCUACAGUGACAGCACGACGGAAGCUUACGCCAAUGUGCUGCGGCGCGGCUGCCGCUGCGUUGAGAUUGACCCGCGGGUCCUGCACGGCUACACCCUGACCAAGGAAGUGCCCUUUCGUGACGUGUGCGCCACCAUCCGGAAGCACGCGUUCGAGGCCAGCGACCUGCCGCUCAUCAUCAGCCUCGAGGUGCACUGCAAUGCCGAGCAACAGGCCGUCAUGGUCGACAUCAUGAAGGAGGCCUGGGGCGACGUGGCCGUUGUCGCACCGCCAGAGAAGCAGGGGCCGGCAGUGCUGCCCAGCCCAGACGCCCUGCGCGGCAAGAUUCUCGUCAAGGUCAAGUACGCACCGGCGGGUAGGAGCUACGGCGAGGGUGGGGAUGGGGAAGAGGAGGGUCUUGGCCGCAUUGACAGCGGGUUACCUGUCAAGACGGCAGAGAAGAAGAAACCGUCCAAGAUUAUUCGUGCGCUGUCCGAUCUUGGCAUCUACACACGCGCUGUGAGCUUCAAAUCCUGGGCACAACCUGAAGCCACUAUGCAGGGCCAUAUAUUUUCAAUGUCCGAGAAGAUGUUUACUACGCAUCAUACGGAUAAUAGUGCCAAACUUUUUGAGCACAAUCGCGAUUAUAUGAUGCGCGCCUAUCCAUCGGGCUUACGUAUUGGAAGUUCAAAUCUCAAUCCGCCUCCAUUUUGGGGCUCAGGCGCGCAGAUUGUCGCCCUCAACUGGCAACAGACGGAUGAAGGCAUGAUGCUUAAUCAGGGCAUGUUUGAGGGCACUAAUGGCUAUGUCCUUAAACCACAAGGUUACCGCCCGAAUCUCGCAUCCAAGUCAUGCCCAAACACGAUUAUCCGCAAAACCCUGUCACUGUCCGUCGCCGUUUUCGCCGCCCAGUACAUCCCUCUGCCCUCUGGCGACAGCUCCGACAGCGGCUUUCACCCGUACGUCAAGAUGGAGCUGCACGUUGACGGCAACCCCAGCCACGACCUCGCCACGGGCAAGCCGCGUGCGCUCGCCAACCAGGGCCACGAGCGGGACGGGGAGCACAAGGUGCACACCAAGUCGCACCGGGGCGGCGCCGACGUGGACUUUCACGGGCAAGUCCUCUCAUUUCGGGGCAUCACAGACAUUGUGGAGGAGCUCACAUUUCUGCGUUUCAAAGUUUGUGACGACGAGAUUGUCAAAGAUGACUUGGCGGCGUGGGCUUGCGUGCGGCUGGAUCAACUAGCGAGCGGGUACCGCUUCAUUCACCUAUGGGAUACCAAGAGCCAGUACACCAAAGGCGUGAUUCUAGUCAAGAUAGAAAAACAGCUUUCGUGA